UUCACCGGUAAUAAAGGAACCAAAAGUGCUAUUAAUCGUGUAAUUACUUACACUUAAUUAUUUUAAACUAAUGUAUAAAAACAUGUAGUGGAACCAUGGAAUUCAAAUUGAGAGAUCCAACAGUCUUUUAGCGGGACAAAUAACUGGACUUACAAAUUCGGAUCCAUUCUCGACCCGAAUCCCAAAAAUUCUCCUCCGCCGCGGUCCGGCAAGAUCCAGCUUUUACCAUUCAGUGAAAAAGCUAAAGUAGAAGGAAAGGAAAAAAAAAAAAAUGAAGGCUUCAUUGGGGAAUAAUGCUACAAGGAAAAAGCUAGCAGAUAUUAGCAACAUACCGGAAGAAAUGCGAUUCACUUGCCAAAAUGAAAAGGCAGAACGUAGCUCAGUUUGUUCGAAGGAAUUCUUAGACAAGCUCCAGAAGGAGAAUAUGGCAUUGAUGAAGAUUGUAGCAGAAAAAAAGUAUCCUUUAUUUGUGGAUUUCUUAGUUAGUAUUGGUACUAUUACAUUUGUACUUGUGAGCUUGUUGCCCUGUUCCUUGAUUCCUGUUCUCUAUAGCAAAAUCAUUGAAUUAGCUGGAGCUGAGAUACAGAAGAUGAGAAUUAAUCUGCAACAAAUGCAGAAAAAGAAUCAUGAGCUUGCGCAAUCAAACAGUCAAAUGCUUGCGGAAUUAAAUUCAGCUAAAGAUAGGCUCAAAGCAGUACAGCAUGAGCUCGGAUGUAAAAAUGGUUUAAUUAAAGCUAAAAAGCUUGAAGCAGAGGAGAUAGCAAAACAAAAAAUGUGCCAGCAGUUGAAUGAUGAGGUGAAACCCGUCAAGUGUGAAGAGGCGGCUGAUUCCUCUUUAGGAAAUGGUGAUAACGAUAGACCUGCAAAAUUUAAAAGGAAGCCUCAGUCAAAGAGUUUGGACUCUAAUAAACAAGUUCAACCCCAGGAUAUGGCUGAAAAUAAAAGGCCUUGUGUAAGACGACAAUCUGCUCGGUUUAAACGUGAAGCACCUGAACAUACAACAACAACAACAUCUACAUCUCAAUCCCAAGCAACGAAGCAUGAUGAAGAUUAUUCUGAGGCAGAAGACAAAUGCCCACCAAUGGUUAAUCUAGUUCAGCAAAAUGGUUCUGACUUAGAAAGCAAUGCUGCAUUGAGGUUUGAACCUAUAGAGUUUGGACGGUCAUCUUUGAGUAGGCCACUCAGGCACGCAGCUAAAAAAGUUCAGUCUUACAAGGAAAUUCCUGUGAACAUAAAAAUGCGCAGACCAGUUUGAACAACCAUAAUCUUUUUACUGACCUAUUUGCUGUAGGAGCUAUUGCUGAGUGAUAAAAUACUUAAUGGCAUCUUUUGUUAGGUUGUCUUUUGUAACUUCGAUUGAACCUUUUCUCGGUUUAAACAUGUCAUGACAAGCGUAUUUCCUGAGUAAAUGCUUGUAAUCAAUAUCUUGCCUACUGUAUAUACUGAUUAAACGCAUCGUCUACUGUGUUUGAUUAGUGAUGAAUUAGCUUGAGCCAUUUACUUUAUCUGAUCAUACCCUGACACAAAA